CAUCUGCCACAACCGGCUGGCGGUUGGGUGAGGAAGACAGGACACGGACACGCUGUGAGAGAGAGAGGUUGUAAACAAACUUAUAGCAGCAUCUGUAUAUAAUGUUUUUAUAACAAAAAGUCUGUUUCUCACAGCCAAAGCAGAAAACAAAGAACCACAUGAAACAGAAAUAAGAUGAAGCAAACAGGUGUGGGUUCAUCAGAAAGGUGUGGGCCCUGAAGUUGGAGCCACUGACACCUGUGGCUGUGGGAGGGACUAUUAAAUCCACCAGUGAUGGGCAGAUGUAAUCCAUACGGUCACGUUGGUGUAGAGGCCCAACUUCAUGUUCAUGAAUGUGACCACAGCUCUGAGGUCCAGCUGAGCUCUUUGUACUGAAACUCUGAGUCAUGUUUUUACUUUUGUUUUCACAUUUGGGGAAUCCCCGCUCAGGUUUUACUUUCAUUUGGUGUCUGUCCAGGUACUUUCAUAGCAUACAGCUUGUUUAGUCAGCCAAUCAGAGAGCUGCAGCAUGGUGGCGUGCCACGACUAAAGGUCUAUCUUGUCCUAUUCUAUUCUAUUCCACAGGCUGCACAGGGUCAGAGUGGACGUUUUGGAGCAGGUAAGCUGACGUUUUUGUGUUUCUGAAAUGUUCUUUUGUUAGUUUGUCCACAUGAUGAGCUGGUCCAUAACUGGACAUUCAUACAUUAUGGUAUAAAUGUCAUCAACAGUUUUUAACCAACCAAGCAUGAAGCAUGAAUACAAACAGCAGCUAGUUGUUGUUAGGAUUUUAUUCAGGUUUAAAUCAGACAAAUCAACGACGUCUAUAAUGCAGGAACGUUCUUCUUCUUUCAGUUUGAGGACACAGGUGUGCAAAGAGUGUUUGUUUCCCAGCAACGAAAUAAUCUUUAACUGAACUCUGAUCAUUUUUACUGCAAGCUUUUCAAAAUACCGAAGACAAGCCAAGAGUCUGUAUUUAUGUACCUGAGAUCUGACCCACAUGCUGUCGAUUAUUGACCACAGGAAGCACCUGAAGGACAACGUUAAAGACAGUCAAACGUCCCUGAGGAGAUGGACAGAAACGAGGAACUGGACAAAUUGUUUCAGAGGUUAGCUGUAUUUAAACACUACAGAGAGGACAUACUGAGGAGCUGUGAUGAAAGGAAAAGAUUGACAAAGCUGGCAAUGAGAAGCUGCACAGAUGAAGUCGUCCUGCAGUGGCUGAGAAAAAACUCAGAAUCUGACGCCUUCAGCAAACUCACAGACAUGUUUGACUUCCUGAAGAAACACAUUGAUGAGGAGGAGAAGAAGAACCACAGCGAUGAUGUUCACAUCACCUUUGUGGCUCAUAGUUCAAUCAGAGACUUCAUGAUCCCAGCCAGCUGUUACCUGCCUCUGCCCACCAUCACUGACGUGCUCCUGUAUUCUCCCUGGAACUGUGUCAGUUCUGGUUUAGCAUACAGUGUUGCUACAGGAAAACUGAGGCCUCAGCACAGAGUUUUUUCCUGUGAAGAUAAAAAAAGCUGUACCAUUCCUGAUGACAAACAUCGACCUGUGAACCUGCCAGAUCACUGGAACUCACUGAAGAAAGCUGGAGCACAGAUGGUCCCAAACAUCACGGUUAGCCCCCUUUCACUAGAUGAUGAUGAUGAUGGAGUGUGGAAAAGCUUUGAGUCUCUCUCAGCUGAACACGGCCCACCAGGAAGGAACCGCAUCGUCAUCCCGUUCAUCCUCCCAGGACAGGAAUAUGAAAGCGUCCCAUUCUCUGUGGUGACCUUGGCUCUGUCCCUGGUGCUCCUCUCCUCCAGGUUUAAAGCCACUCUUCACUUCUCUGGUUGUCUCAGAGAUCACUCUACUGGACAGAAAUUUGACAGGAAGUAUCUUCAGGAGCAGUACGCCUGCACCAUCGACAACAGCAUGAUGACACACUCACCUGAAGCUUUCAGAUGAUGAUAAAUGCUGCCUGUGUUAGACAUGUUUGUGGACAUUUUAGUGUAAAGAUGAAGAUGAAAUGAUAAAAGUAAUUUUUCUAUAUUUGAGGCUCAAAUUUAUGAUGAAUGGACUUGAAUCAUCAUUUAGUUCCAGCUCAUAAUCUGAUCAUAAUCUGCUAACAUCUGUGGAGGUUAUUAAUAUAAACCUGUUCUCUGCUCGCUGCUCACAGGUGACGUGAUGCUGAUGUCAGUCCUUCAACCAGCACACACACAGAUCAUUGACAUGAAGUAUAUAGAUUAUUUAUGUACAUUAUGUAUUAUGUAAUAUUUUGAUCUUUUAUUGCUUUAUGUUGGGGUUUUAGAUCUGUACUUGGGUAGAACAAUAAGUUAUGAGCCAAAACCUUCUAACUCAGACUCUGAACUGUGUCACGUUCCAAACAUAGAAGUAAUACAAGUCUACAAGUUGUACAUCUGUAGUUUCAUGCCUACAGACUCGGUAAUUAUUUCUGAUCUUUUGUUAUUGUAAGACAUUAAAAUGUGAAGAUGAUGUUGUCUAAGUGAAGAAGAACAGGAUGAAAACCUGAAGCUGCUCAUUAAAAACAAUAUUGUAUAUAUGAAAUUUAUGGAGGACCACAAGAACCACGCGCAUCGAAAUAAAGAAAUCUGUGCUUAAAUCAUGAAUUGUAGAAUAAAUUUGGCAUUUGCAAAUUCACUUUUGAAUUCCAUGUUUAAAACCUGAUGUUUUAAAAGUUUUUUAAAAUGGCGAUUCCACUCCUCAUUUCAAUCCCUUUCCUGUUAUAGCUCACGGAUUAGCUCAGGAAUUGACAUUUGGAUUAGCAGCUGGAUUAGCAGCUUUAUUUCAAAUGUCAGACUUACAGCUCCUGUUUUACUGCAUUAAAGUGAUCAGAUGACUUCAGCGCUUUGACAUGGAUGGUAGUGAAAGCAGGAAAUGACAAAUGUAGCACAGCAGCAGCGUUUAACACGUCCGAGCUGGAAACAGAAACUCUGUUAUGAACGUCAUUCAUAGAACAGCUUCCAGCUUCUUUUGCUCUGCUACAGUUUGGAUGGAUUUGCAUUUAAAGAUGCAAAGAGACUAAAAUGGUUAGGGUCAGGAGGUCAAAGGUCAGAGUUCCUGUGGGUCUGAGGGCGGCCUCACGCUGGAGAAGGAUGAAGGAGUCUGACCUGAGCCAGUGUUUGACAUCAACACAUCAGCACUGCUAUCAGUGAGCCUAACGACAGCCGUUAGCAUCAUUUUAGCGUUUCAGUCAUAAAAACACUUCCUGUCACUGUGGUGGUUACAGUGACAUCAUGCAGUUUGUGUUUUGACCUCCAGAGGGCCUCUCUGUUGCUGUGUGCAGCAGCCUGUGUCACUCACUCAUCCAGUCAUGCACUGAGGUCUCAUAAGGAAAAUCAGCUUUUUGAUAUAAAGUUUUUCUUGUUCCCGAAUACAAAUAUUUUUUAAAGUAUUUGUUCGAAAUAAGUAUAAGUACUACACAAGCAUAGUUUUAAUCUUUAUUUAUCC